GCGGGGGGACACAGUGUAGUAACAACACCGAGGAGCGAGGGUUCACCCAACGUGCUCCGUCCCUCUGCUCACUCCUCCGACUCACGGUGGCUUGUUUUGUGAAGGUUUGGAGAAUCCUAGGACGUACCGUUAACCUGUUGUUAAAACGCAUGUGAUUAGGAAUCAAAUUCGUAGUUGUAACUUACUUUCAGCACCCCGGACAAAGGAGGAACUAUACGUUUUUUUUCGUUUACAAGCGAGGGAACUUUAAACGGACUUCAGUUCUUGUGAUUGGACUCGAUGGACUAUCCGGAUUAACUCGGAACCGUGGAAAGUGUUUUGGCGAGUUGUGAUUUUCAGAGAUCUCUAAAACUUGUUUACGCACUGGGAGUGUCACCAGAGAUGUGAGCACCUGCGACCUGGGACAUAUUCAUGAGGAGCGUUUAAAAAAUACAUAUUCCUUCACGGGAAAACAAUGUUUUUAUGUAUGUAAGGUUAUUGUGCCUGGGGAGAAGGCCUACCGUCAAUGGAUUAACCGAUUCGACUUCCAACUUUGAUCGACAGAAGUGCCUCUAGUAAGGUCGGGAGAUGUGUGAAGGAGCGUGAGGGACGGCCAUGGGAGAGGAGAGAAGGUGGCUCCUUCUGGCUGUCACCACCGCUCUGACCCUCAGUCUGCUGAGUGUGUGUCCGGGCGGGGCCUCGCUGGUGCGGGCCCGGGUGGGCCGCGUGGCCGAGCUGGGCUGCGACCUCGCCCCGUCGCCCCCGGACGCCGCCGCCGCCGCAGCCCCCGGCGCCACACCCCCCGGCGCCACACCCCCCGGCGCCCCGGACCUCUUCCCGCUGCACGUGGUGGAGUGGGUGCGGCUGGGCUACAACGUCCCCAUCCUCAUCAAGUUCGGGGUGUACGCGCCCCGGGUCCACCCCAACUACAAGGGCCGCGUGUCUCUGAGCGGGGGCGCGUCCCUGCGGGUGGAGGGGCUGACCCUGGAGGACGAGGGCUGGUUCGAGUGCCGCAUCCUCCUCCUGGACAGCAAGACGGACGAGUUCCGCAACGGAACCUGGACAUUCCUCUCCAUCACAGCCCCGCCCGUGUUCAUCAAGACGCCGCCGGCGUACGUGGAGGUCCUGCUGGGGGACUCCCUCACGCUGAGCUGCGGCGCCCACGGUAACCCCCGGCCCACCGUGGUCUGGCACAAGGACGAGACCCCCAUCGUGAGGCACGAGAAGAUCAAGGUGCUCAAUGGGUCCUUGUCUUUAAUCACGGCCACCAGAGACACCACGGGAGUCUACAAGUGUCACGUGUCCAACACAGAGGGGAACCUGACUCACUACACCCAGCUACAGGUCAAAGGUCCUCCCAUCAUCCUCAUCUCGCCGGGGGACACCACGCUCAACAUGUCCCAGGAUGCAGUGCUGCAAUGCCAGGCCGACGCCUUCCCAUCCAACCUCACCUACGAGUGGCUGAAGCACGGCCAGAACGUCUACCACAUAGAAUCUCUGAAGACGAGGGUGAAGAUCUUGGUGGACGGUACGCUCCUCAUCCCUAACCUGAUGCCCGAAGACGCAGGGAACUACACCUGUAUCCCGACCAACGGGAUCCUCACUCCCCCCUCUGCCUCCGCCCACCUCAAAGUCAAACACCCUGCGCGGGUGGGCCGGAUGUCCAGGCAGACCUUCCUCCCGUCGGGCAUGGGGGGAGUCAUCGUGUGCCCGGUGCAGGCGGACCCCCCCCUGCUCUACGUCAACUGGACCAAAGACGGGAACAACAUCAACGUGGACAAUUUCCCCGGCUGGAUGGUGAACUCCGAGGGCUCCGUCUUCAUCACCACGGCCAACGACAACGCUGUGGGCAUGUACACCUGCACUGCCUACAACAGCUACGGCACCAUGGGCCGGUCGGACCCCACCCAGGUCAUCUUAAAGGACCCCCCCGCCUUCAGAGUGACCCCCCGGGCCGAGUACCUCCAGGAGGUGGGCCGGGAUCUGAUCAUCCCCUGUGAGGCUAAAGGGGACCCCGUCCCCAACAUCACCUGGAGCAAGAUCGGACCGCUUCCCCGCUCCCCCUACAUGGUGCUGGCCAACGGGUCCCUGCUACUGCAGCCCCUGAGCAAGGACCACCACGGGGGCUGGGAGUGCCUGGCCACCAACCACGUGGCCACGGUCAGCGCCGGAACCCUGGUCAUGGCGCUGGGCACUAGCCCCCACGCCGUCACCACAGUCUCCGUCACGGCCAAGAUGAACCAGGCCAACGUGUCCUGGGUGGCCGGCUUCGACGGGGGAUUCUCCCAGAAGUUCACCGUCUGGGUCAAGCAGGCAUCCAGAGGCAAACACGAAUGGGCCUCUUUGCCCGUGCCCACCUCCAAGGACAACCUGUUGGUGACGGGUCUGCUAGCCGCCACCAACUACCAGUUCAGCGUCCUGCCCCAAAACAAACUGGGCUCCGGGCCCUUCAGUGAAAUCGUCUCAGUGCGAACCCAAGUCUCCCCCACCACAGCGGUGCCGACCGAAGCCCCCCUGGUGGUCCUCUCCCUGCCCGGGCCGGACCCCCCCACCCUCCUCCUGGCCAACCGGACGGACCAGGGGGUCCUGCUGCAGUGGGCCCCCCCGGAGGCCCCGGCCUCGCCGCUGACAGGCUACGUGCUCCAGGGCCGCCGGGAGCAGGGCCAGUGGGUCGUCCUGAGCGGCGACGUGGGGGCCGGCCAGACGGACAUGCUGGUGCAAGGCCUGCUCAGGGACUCGAGUUAUGACCUGAGGCUUUUGUCUCGCAGCCUCAAGAUCCUAAGUGUGCCCAGUGAGUCUGUCAACGUGUCGACUGCAGGAAUGGAGAUGUACCCGAUACGUGCCAGCUUCCUGGAGUACGUUCCUCAGUCGCUGCUGGCCGGUGUGGUCGGUGGAGUGUGCUUCCUGUUCAUGGCCAUCGUGCUGGCCUUGGUGACGGCCUGUUUCAUGAGCCACAGGCGGCAGAAACGGCGCAUCAAGAGGAGACAGGAUCUCCACUCGGUCUUCCAUAGGACCACCUCUCCAGAGAACCGCCGUCCUCCCCGAAGCCCCGACAGCAUCCUCAAGUUGAAGCUGUGCCCCGCGCUGCCCUUCUUCCCCAGCUCGUCCGUCUCGCAGUCGGACCGCUCCACGUUCGACAAAGGCAGCCGUGGAGAGUACCAGGACCAGAAGAAACAGCUCCUGUCCAACGCCUCCCCGCCUCCCCACUACACCCUCUUCGAGAGCCACCUCGGGUGUCAGGCGCCCUCGUCCGCCGGUCUGGAGUCCAUCUGCCGAGGUCCAGACGGACGCUUUCUGGUCCAGCCCCUGCCCGAGGGCUCCAGUUCCCCCAGCGAUGAGAACAUGAAGAACGUCAUCGUGCAGUGCAACGGCGGGGCCAGUGGCGCGGGGAGCAACCGGACGUCCUUCAGGGACUCCCCCAAGUCCAGCAUCCUGAGCUCGGAGAAGGAGGAGAGGAAAGACUCGCCCCUCACCGUGGACGUGGCCGAGCUGAGCCGGCCUCCCUCCUCUCCGGGCAGAGUGAAGGCCAUGGCGCGGAACUUCUCCCGACACGGCUGCUUCUACUCUGACGAUGAGCAGGGCUCGGAGGCCCUCCUGGAGAGAGCCAGUUUCUACUCGGACAACAGUGAGAUGAGAACCAACGGAUCGACGAGGCGGCACUGCCUUCCCGCCAACGCCGAUGACCUCCUCCCGGGUCUCGGCAGGAGAGCGUUGGGACUGGAAAGGGAUGCGGACCAGCCGUGCCACUCACGCUAUCAGCCUAUGGAGAGGGAGAGCCAGCUGACCGACGCAAGCACGCUGGUCUCGAGACUUGACAGUGAACUGGAGGAGGACAGUAUGGCCAAGUGUCUCAAGCUGGCCAAGGAGAGGCAGGAGAUGGAGGAGCAGCUAAAGGCCUACACAGGUAGCCAGAGGACUAAGGGAUGGGCAGGGGGAGAUGCUCAGUCUGGUAGGGCCAACAGAGAUGUGCCUGUGACAGAAGAGGACUCUGUGUGGAAACUACAGGACGUUACCCUCAGACAAAAGCACCGUCCCACUGGCCAGACGAACCGGGUUUCCGACUUCAGGAAGGCCUGCUAUUUCGGAGGCACAAGCAGCCCAAUGGAUAGGCUCCCCUCCUCCCACAUACAGUGGGACAUAAGCCCUGUUACUUCUGCAACCAGCAUUGUUCCUGUUCGAAGCCCGCGAGAUACCGCUCAGCGAGGACCUUACUCUCCCACCCAGGGCGUUCAUGAAACUACGGAGGACUCUCUGGCGGAUAAAUCCUCGCACUCCCCGGCCACGCAGAACACAUCCCUGCAUAUGCUCUCGUCUAGCUUUGCCUCUGAAAGCUCCCCCAUCCCCUGUCUGGGCACCACAAGAAGAGGCAGGUCACGAAGCCCCAACAGGGAGGCUGAUUUAGGCCCCAGAAGGUCCCUUGCUGAUGAGGGCUGGACGAAUCAGAGGCAGGCGGCUGUGAGGUCCAAAACACCCACAGAGCACUGGAAUGUCGCACAAAGAGCUUCCCCUGCUGAGCGAGAGAUCAGGUCCAUCCCAGCAGCUCCUGCUCUGCCUUAUGUGGCUGCUGCUGCGCUGUACAGUCGGUCGGACGCGAUGGACGUCACUGACAGGAAGGAAUCCGGUUCCUUACAUUAUUUGUCUUCAUCCUAUGAACACAGUGAGCGAGGUGCACAGGCCAAUCUCAGAGAAGACCACGGAAAGCGUCUGCACCUUAGUUCAGGGUUUAACACAGAUUUGGAGAAGGAGGGAGUGAGAGCACGUUCCCGGAGGAGUGAUAAGUGUCUUUUCUCGGAAAGUCCAAGCGUAAUUUCUCCGUUAACGAUUGUAGAGGAGUGUGAGAGUGACCAGUCACACUUCUCUGUCCCUAGAAUGUCUGAUGUCUUCAAUGUGAGGCGCUCAGCCUCGCCUGUUCAAAAGUCCCCAGUGCAGACAAGUGCCAUUCUGGAAUAUUUGAGCCUUCCCGGUUUCAUUGAAAUGAGCGUAGAUGAACCCGCGGAGGAAACUGAACUUGCGGACACCAGCAGAAAAAGUUCUGAACUUAAGUCCGUGGUGGUUAAGCCAGAUGUAGUCCCUAGGAACUGGGAGGUUCAUUGUAAGGACAACCCGGAAACAAAACCAAUCCACAAGGCAGUGUCGUUUGUGGAUGACGUACGGCCUGUGAGCGCAGCAGAGGCAAGCUUAGAUGCAAAUAGAAAACCUGACUCUAGAUACUCAAAUCAUUCCGAAGCCAGGGAUUCAACACUCAAAGGGCGAACUUUGGGUAGGUCUAAAUCGCAAUCGCCAAAUCCGGAAAAAACAAGCAAACAGCUGUACUAUGAGAAAUCACUGCUUAUUUUUGGGAAAAGAAACAAAAGCCCGGAGCAACCACAGUCUAGGCUCGCCUCCAGUUCACACACAUUGUUGAAUGCAGCUAAGGGUGUGGCAGAUAUCGUCUCAAGGCACUCGCAGAGUUUUGUAGAAGGCUAUCACUCUGUCCCAAAACCUUCUGAAAGACACCCUAUCCCAGUACAACCUGAAAGACACACUGUCCCAGAACCACCUGAGAGGUACUCUAUUCCGUUACCACGCGAAAGACACACUGCCCCAGAACCCCCUGAAAGGUACUCUAUUCUGUUACCACGUGAAAGGCAUGCUGUCCCAGAACCCCCAGAACGAUACUCUAACCCCUUACCACAUGAAAGGCACACGGUACCGGAUCCACCUGAAAGACAUUCUUCCAAGAGAAUCAACAGCAACAAUAUUGCAUCGCGAAUCUGUCAAGCUCCUGUGCCGUUCCUCAAGAAGUCAUUGAGCAUAGGCCCCUGUAGGACUCUGUCAGGCAUGGCACACCCUCGUCCUUUCUUAAAGAAAUCCAUCAGUUUACAAAGAUGGGAGCACUUUGAGAGCCCGAUGGCGUACAUCUCGGAGAGGUGUUACUGGGACGAGUUCCCCCACCCUGACGUCCGACUCAAGUCCUGCAGUCUGGGUCGCGCUCCAUCCUACCUUCACCGACCGGGCCCCACCUGGACGGAGUAUGUUCCACCCAGGCGCCCGAGCUUUGAGAACUUGGAAAGGGUUCACCCCUCCCAAAGACCUCCAGCUAACUCUCCCUACCUCAACUACCCCAUGUACCCGCCCAGGUCCGCCUCGGUCCAUGCUAGGAUGGAACCCUCAGAUCCGCGCAGGCAGACUACCGUUUUCCCGGAGGUCUCAAGGUGGCCCGUCUCAUACCAGGAAAACAUGAGAGCCGCUCCGCAUAAAUACGUCCCCAUGUCCAUCCCGCCACCGCAGCCCCCGUACAGACACUUUCCCAGAGUGGAACCGGUGCGAGCCGUCGACCCCAGGAUGGGCCCCUCUCGGUCCUUCCUACCCAGAGGUAACAGCUGGCCCUCCCCACACCCUGCGCCCCUGCCAGCAGGGCAGUCAGACGGCCAGCGAGAGACGGUAGAGCGGCCGCUGACGAGGGCGGGGGAUAACCCUGACUAUCGGGAAUCACGGGAGGGGGGCCGGACCAGCUACGCCAGCCAGAGCAGCGGGAGGGGCAGCGCCGGCUUCCUCCGCCAGUCCCUGUCCAUCACGCCCACGCUGCUCAGUUCCCCGGAGACGACGGAGGAGAGCGAACGACCCAGAGCUCAGACGGACCGGCGAGAGAGACGAGCGAAAAGAAGGAACACAUCAGUAGAUGAGAGUUAUGAGUGGGACUCUGUGGAUCCCGGCGUGGAUGCCGAGGUUCUGGAGGCCAUGAGCUGUGAUCGGUCACCGAUGGGGGCAGGCACCGACAGGGGGGUGUUCAGCUACGAUCAGACUCAUGGCCCCCAGGACCGGAAAAGACAAGGCCCUCCAUCCUCACUCAGCCCGCCGGCCUCCGACCCCAGCGGCCGCGACGCCUACGGCCACCCCUUAAGUGAGGCGCGCUUCAAGGCCCUCCGCCUGGAGUACCAGGAGUACAUGCAGGCUCUGGAGUCCACCGGUCCCCGCCAAGCCCGCCCCACCUCGGACCCCGAGUCAGACUCUGACUCCGGCUCCGCCCUGCUCUAGCUGCCCACCCUGGGACUUCUGAAAAACCAACCAAAUAGCCAUUGUUUCAUUGCUCAGACGACAACUGAAUCGCAGGACUUCACAUCUCAGCCCAGCUAUUUGUUGUGACCUUUUAUGCUGCCUUUUUAUUGCCGAAAUCGAAACUAUAUUACCUCUAAUUUAUGCUUUGUUGCUGACAAAGUCCAAGUUAUUCUUUCGAUCUACAAGAUGCAUUUCUACCCCUCACUGCUAUCAUCAAUCGCGAUGCAACAGUGCGGAAGAAUGGAUCAGUAUUUUUCACCCAUGGCAUUACUCUCCGAUGCCUUUAGAUAUAUAUUUGAUUUCAUGUUUCACAAGAAGCUGGUAGCAUUGUUUCUUGUGCCAUUUGGGCCACAUUGACAAUCAUAUACAGAGGGCCCUUUAAAAAAAGACAAGUCCAUGUCCUAAACUGAGUUUCUAACAAAAUGCUUUCUAAAAGCACUUAGAUGCAGUUCUGUACCUCUGGAAAAUGCUGUUUUUUGUGUAAAAUGAAUUGAUCCAACGCAAAUAUUGUAAAAUAACUGCAUCUGCGAUGAUGUACGUGUUUCUGAUCUAAUGGCAGUGGACUUAUUCUGUCAUGAACCUUUACUUUUUACUUUUUAACAAGAUAAAAAUAUUUGGCAAUGAAAUAGAAUCAUUCACAAUUUGAUCUUCAAUAAUAGACAGUAAUAAUUUAAGAUUUUUAAAAAUAUUGUCUGUUUCACCUUUUAACCGUCUGUGACCUCUUCCCGCAUUAAUUAAACGGUCCCCUAGAAAUACAUAACACCUGUAUUAUUUUGAUUAAAGAAUGUACAAAUGUUUUUACCCGGGCACUGUAGAGACCCUAUGUACAGAGAUGUGUGUAUCCUGACAGUAACUCUCCCUGUCCUUGUAAAUAUUCAGCAAUUUGUCAGAAGAGAAAACAUAAUUUUAUUCCACCUUAACUGUUAUAUGAAAUAUGAAACUUGAACAUCUGAACGAUUUCUUCUGAAACAUGUGGGAAAUACUAUGGCCUUACCUUUUAUUAAACAUAAAGAGGCAACUGUCAAUUGAAAAAUUAUUCUAAAAGGAAACCAUAUUAUUUGAAUGUUUAUGAUAACUUUUUGAUGCAUUUGCAUGAUUGAUGGUUUAUUGUGGAUUUUCUUGUAUUUAUUGCGAUGGUUUAAGGAGGCAAACAAUGUUUACAAUGUACUCUACUGUUCAAAGAAAACACUGUAAGAAUAUGUUUGGUUGAGUUUUUGAAGUCUCCAUCAUAACUUGAAUGAUUUUGUAGCCCCUCCCCUUUGCCUUUUUAUUAUUUGCGAUGACAAAAAUGUACUUUUGAAGCCUACUUUAUUUGAUGGACAUCCGUGACCAGGAGUGAUUUUGUUAAAUGAAAUACAUUCUUUUAUAUACUGUUCAGGAAUACAUUUUUACAUUGUACUGAAUCUGAUCCACCAAGAAAUGUUCACUUGGAGCUGAUAUUUCUAGUUAUGCAUAUUUUGGAUGUUUUGUACAAACUGGAAAGUUUUAUAUUCACCUGGCUGUUUUGUUAUUUUUUUUGUACAUGUUAUAGUAAAUAAAGUUCCUUAUAUUGAACACGGCA